UUCGAAUCUGCGCAUUUGGAGUACUCUCAUAUCUAAAAUUUUCUUCAUUUUCUACUUGGCAGUAGCAAUACCAAGUAAAACUGGAGAUUCUUCGAAGAUCCAGGAUUUUCUAGGACGGAUUUUCUGUUUUUACAGUACAUGUUGCUGUAACGACUUGGCACGAAUAAGGACAAUCCCAAAAUGCAGCAACCAAUGAUGGAAGCAGGAGCGGCCUAUGAGCCCUCUGUAAGAAGUUACGACGAUCUAUUCCCAGCCCUACCAGAAUCUACACCCCAAUAUCAGAACAGCUCUACAAUGGGACAAUGGACCGACAAGAUGAGAGUUGGGUCUACAAGAAUCACACAAGUUUUCAGGGUCCCUUAUGAAGAACGUAAAUUGGACGUACAAAAAUUCGGCGAAGGCGAAUCUAACCACAUCUGUGGUAAUAUUAUGAUAGAAACAGGUGCACACAUUGAAAUAUCCCAUGCUAAAGAUCAAUCGCUCACGUUCUUAGUGACAGGCAAACAAAACGAGGUACUUGAAGCAAGAAGAAAAAUUUUGACUCAUUUUCAGACUCAAGCUAGUAAACAAGUGUCUAUUCCAAAAGAACACCACGGAUGGAUUCUAGGUAAAAAAGGAGAUCGUCUGAGAGAACUUGAGAAAAAUACUGCGACCAAAAUUUCAGUACCAGCAAUAAAUGAUCCAUCCGAUGUAAUUACAAUAACAGGUACUAAAGAAGGAAUCGAAAAGGCAGAACACGAAAUAAGAGUAACAUCCGAUCAACAAUCGAAAAAAGCCUCAGAACGUCUGAACAUUCCCAAACAUUUCCACCCGUUCAUAACUGGUCCUUAUAGUCGAAAUUUGCAUCAUUUAAUGGCUGAAACCGGUGCGAAAAUAAACGUACCUCCACCGUCGGUAAACAAAGACGAAAUUUUCAUUGCUGGCGAAAAAGAAGGUGUAAUGGCAGCCAAAAAUAGAAUCGAAGAUUUAUAUAAAUCGUUAGAAAAGGAAUUGAAAACUGUAGCAGUGGAAGUGCCAAAAAGUCAACACAAAUAUGUAAUAGGGACAAAGGGAAAUACAAUACAGGAGAUUUUAGAUACUACUGGAGUUAGUGUUGAGAUACCUCAAAAUGAUUCACCCACAGGUACCAUUACUCUACGUGGUCCCCUUGAUAAGUUGGGUUCAGCAUUACAAGUAGUUUGCGAAAAGGCGAAUUCGGUUCGUUCCAGCGACGUAGACGCUCCGGCGUGGAUCCACAGAUAUAUAAUCGGUCGCAAAGGUGCCAAUAUCAAUAAAAUCACACAGAACUUUUCAAAAUUACAUGUAGAAUUUACCGAUAAAGACAAUAAAAUCAAAAUCGAAGGACCUCCUGAUGAAGUGGAAAAAGCGCAAGAACAACUGGAAUCUAUAACCAAGGAUUUGAUUGCUAAAAUGAUGUAUUUGGAGAUGGAUGUCGAUCCUAGGUUGUUCAAGCACAUCAUUGGAAAGAAUGGAGCUAAUAUUAAUAAACUAAAGGAAGAUUUCAACGUUUCAAUCAACAUAGAAGAAAGUGGUUUGGUGCGUAUCCAAGGUAACAGAGAAGAUGUGAUUAGCACUGCAUCUGAAUUAGAACAAAGAAUUUUCAAAUUGGAAAACGAAAAAGAAAAAGAUGUCAUAAUUGAACAGAAACAUUAUAGAAAAAUCAUAGGUGCGAAAGGAGAAAACAUCAAAGAUAUCAGGGAUAGAUUCAAUCAAGUACAAAUCUAUUUUCCGGGACCAGGAGAAAGAAACGACAUUGUUAAAGUUAGGGGACCAAAAGAAGACGUCGAUAAAUGCGCUAGAUAUUUAGAAAAAUUAGUCAAAGAACUGAAUGAGGCAUAUCAAGUCGACCUUCCAAUUUACAAACAAUUCCACAAAUUCAUAAUAGGCAGAGGUGGUGUUAACAUCCGUAAAAUACGCGAAGAAACCAACACCAAGAUCGAUCUACCGGCCGAAGGCGAUAAAAAUGAUAUGAUCACCAUCACCGGUAAAAAGGAGAACGUAGACGAAGCCGUCGAAAAAAUACGCAAAAUUCAAGAUGAACUUGAAAAUAUUAUUACCGAAGAAAUAACUAUUCCUCCUAAAUUUUACAACUCUCUCAUCGGUGCCAAAGGUAAACUAAUACAUUCUGUUAUGGAGGAUUGCGGUGGUGUUACAAUCAAAUUCCCUAGUGCCGAUAGCAAAAGCGAUAAAGUUACUAUUAGAGGACCUAAAGAUGAUGUUGAUAGAGCUAAGCAACAGCUGUUGGAUUUGGCAAAUGAGAAGCAACUAGCCAGCUACAGUGCCGAGGUCCGUGCCAAACCGCAACACCAUAAAUUCCUAAUCGGGAAAAACGGUGCCAAUAUUAAGAAAAUUCGCGAUUCUACGGGAGCCCGCAUAAUUUUUCCUUCUGAUACAGACGAAGACAGAGAAGUUAUCACUAUUAUUGGUAAGAAAGAAGCAGUCGAAGAAGCCAAAGCUGCCUUAGAAUCUAAAAUUAAGAAUGUAGAUAAUAUAGUGGAAAGUACAAUGCAAGUAGACCCUCGCCAUCAUAAACACUUUGUAGCCCGAAGAGGAGAAGUUUUGCACGGAAUAUCCGAAGAAUGCGGAGAAGUUAUGAUAUCAUUUCCGCGUUCAGGCGACGACAGCGACAAAGUUGUCCUUAAAGGACCUAAAGAAUGUACGGAAGCCGCCAAAAUUAGAAUCAACGAAAUUAUAGCCGAAUUGGAAUCGAUGGUAACAAUCGAUUGUGUCAUCCCGCAAAAACACCAUAGAACAGUAAUGGGUUCCAAAGGACACAAAGUACAAAUGAUCACUUCUGAUUAUCACGUUCAAAUCAAAUUUCCCGAAAAGAAUAACCAAGACGAAUACGUAAAUCAUGAACAAGUUAAUGGAGAAACUGAUGAAGAGCCUAUCAGACAAUGUGACGUUAUAAAAAUAACUGGUAAAGACACCAAUUGUGAAUUAGCUAAACAGGCGCUAUUGGACUUGGUACCUAUAACAAUAUCCGUAGACGUACCGUUCGAACUACAUCGUUCUAUCAUAGGACAAAAAGGCCGCGACGUCAAAGAUCUUAUGGAUAGAUACGACGUACACAUCGUUCUUUCUCCUCAAGAUAUUAAGGAAGACGUCAUCAAGAUCACUGGUGCGGCGACUAACGUCGAAGAUGCUAAAGAAGCUCUUUUGGAAAGAGUCAAAGAAUUAGAGGCCGACAAGAAAGACAGAGAACUUAGAAGGUUCGCUUUAAAGGUCGAAGUACCGCCCGAGUACCAUCCCAAGAUAAUUGGCAAAAGAGGUGCUGUCAUUACUAAGAUCCGCAAGGAUCAUGACGUUCAAAUUACUUUUCCCAAAAAAGGAGAUCCAGAAGAAUCGAUUAUAACCAUCACUGGCUACGAAGCUAAUGCAUACAACGCCAAAGACGAUAUUAUGAAAAUUGUCAACGAACUUAACGAGCUCGUUAAAGUAGAAAUCAACAUUGACGCCAGUGUCCAUUCUAGAUUAAUUGGCGCCAGAGGCCGUAACAUUAAGAAAAUAAUGGAAGAUUUCAAUGUCGAUAUCAAAUUCCCUAGAGACGGAGACAAAGAUGGUAAUCUUGUUGUCAUUACCGGCCAAGAGGAUAACGUGUAUGAAGCUAAGGAUCAUUUGCUCAACUUAGGAGAAGAAUACUUACAAGACUACACGGAAUUACAAACAAGAGAAAGACUACAUACAUUGAGUUCCCAUUUUGAACCCGCUGCUGCACAGAAUAAUCACUCCCGUGGCGGCGAGCCCAAUAAUGGAUUUGUAGUACAGGGUGGACCGUGGGAACAGAGGGCUCCAAAUACGGCUAGCGUAACGGAAUUCCCGUCCUUCAGACGUGCUACGGAAGAGCCACAAGCACCAGCUCCAGUAGCAGGCGCUUGGGGUUCACGACAUAAAAUCUAUUAAACGAUACAACUACUUUUUGCUUCCACUUUCCUACAAUUUCAUUUCUAUUUAAAACAUUUUGGCUUAUUUUUAUGUUGUACCUUCGUAUAAAUUAUCACUGCCAAAAAAAUAUUCUAGGAAGUAUUUUUUUAUUGUUUCGAAAGUUGGAAGUAGGAAGCUUGCCGAAUAAUUUGAGGUUAUGUUCAAAAUACUAACCUUAGUUAUUAAGUUAGUUGCGCGUGUUGCAACCACUCCUCCCCCUCCUCUUCCCUCACUGUUUGCUGCAUUGAUUAGUAAAAAAGGCCUGGCGACGAAACUGGACUCGCGAAUUAACGGAUAAACGAUAUAAAACUAAACAAAGAGAUGAAAACUGUUUUUUUUUCUAAUAUGGUAUGUAAUAAAUAUUUAAAAAAAUGGUGUCUUCCUUAAUUGAAGGCAUUGCACGGCCUAGAAUAUAUAUAUAUAUAUAUAUAUAUAUGUAUGUAGAGAUGUUAUGAUAUUUGCAACUUAUGUUAUUUUUUGCUAUGUAUGUGUUGCCCCCCCCCCAUUUGUAUAUUAUAAGAUAAUUAAGGUAUAUAUAAAUCUGAGUGACAGCCUGUAGACAUUUUUGAGAGCUGAAACAAUCACCACUCACUGAUUUAAGUAAUUGCCAGAAGUAUAGGAAAAAUACUAAAAAUUAACUUCUCACAUUUUUUUGGACGUUUUCUUUCUAUAAAAUGAUAGUAUUUUCCAAAAACUGAAAGUGUUUGUAGUUAGUUUCAAUUUCAUUACUCUAAAUUUUGAAAUUGUAUUUUUACUUGUAAAAAACCUGAUAAAUCUGUAUGAAAAAUUAUAAUUUUUCUCUGUUUAUUGUUUCAGUUUACAUUUUUCACUAUAUUGAGUCAUAAAAUUUUCAUUUCUUAUAAAACUGCUAGAUUUUUGCCAACAAUUCUCAAUUUUCAUUUGUUUGAAUUCUCAGUUUUCAUUUUCGCUGUUUCCAUUACUGGUUUUCAUUUUUAAUGCCUUGAAACAUGAAAAAUUCCAUUUUUCAUUGUUUGGUAUAAUAAUUUUCAUUAUUAUUAAUUAUUAAUGUGUAAUUUCUUAUGAAAUCUGUAGUAUUCCAUUGAAAAAUAUCCAUUUUUUUGCGCAUUGAAUUACAAAAUUGUCAUUUCUUGUGAUAGCUAACAGAUUUGAGCAUAAAAACCAUCUUAUAAUUGUUUGGGAUCCUAGUUAUAAUUUUUUUAUUGUUCUGUAUUAUCAAUUCGUCAUUUCUUGUGAAAAUUGAUAGAUUUGAGUGAAAAAUAUCCAUUUUUUUCACUAUACCAUUUUCUAGUUUUCAGUUUUAAUACAUUGGAACACGAUAUUGCCAUUUAUUGUGAAAACUAAUAGACUUAACAAUAAAAUACCCGCCCUUUCACUGUUUGGUAUUCUAGUUUCAAUUUUUUAUUAUUAUAUAUUAAAAAUAUCCAUUUUUUCACUAUUUCAUUGUCUAGUUUUUAUCUUUAAUGUCUUGAUACAGGGAAUUUCCAUUUAUUGUGAAAACUAACAAAAUAUCCAUUUUUUCACAUUUUUUAAUUUGUAGUUUCCAUUUUUGAUACCUUGAUUUACGAAAUUGUCAUUUCUUGUGAAAAUCUUGAUGAAAAAUUUCUGUUUUUCAUAGUGCAGAUUUCUAGUUUUCAUUUUCAAAGCAUUGAAUUACGAAAAUGUCACAUCUUGUGGGAACAAAAUCUUAUUUAUGAAAACUUGGUUUGAUGUUCGGAGGGGUUUCGUAGAAUGAGAUUUAAAUUUGUGGUGAAAUUGUUUAAUCUCUCAAAAAUUCAUUUAUAUCAUUAUUGUUUCAUGAUCACUCUUACAGUAUACAGGUUGAGCUCAGGCGUGGGACAUUCACUUUAGAUAUUAACAAAAUAAACAACAAAAAGGGUGGGAAUGGAAUUUUUACUGUGAUAAACAAAAAUGAUUUGUCUACAUUAAAAAGUGAUUAUAAACUAUGGUACUGUAAACCCGGGGCGGUAGUAAAAGAUCCCCCUACAAUUUUUCACCGCAAACUUUUUUAGUUGCACAAUUUUUUUUCUCAAUUAUGUACCUGUUGAAAAUACUGUAAAUAGUUUUUAACAAUAUUUGUUUUUUGUGUAUAGGGUGAUAAAUCAUUUGAAAGGGUCUAAAUAUUGAUAUUAAUUAUAAAAACGAUCAACAUAUUUCGAUUUCGGUGUCUAAAGUGGUUGGCCUAAUACCAUCUAUGUAUGUCGCAUAUCGAUAUUCUUUUUUAUAUUUUUUUUUUGAAUUGUUACGUAAAUAUUUUUUAUUUGUGUCAUAACUUCUCUGCCCCCCUUUUUGAAAAAAAAGCAAGGCAGUGUAUUGUAUCGUGCCUUUGUCUCAGAUUUAAUUUUUCUUGAAGAACCUACCAUCCCCUAAAUUUUUUUAUUAGGAAUUUCCCCUCCCUAUUCCUUCAAUCAAUACGUUUUGUUAUAGACAGAUAGGAUAACUCCAAUUAUUACAAUUUCUUAUUUUUCGGAAUGUUUUUGUAGUUAGAGGGAGCGGAUUAAAAAGUUUGUUCUGUCAAAUAAAAUUUAUAUAAAGGAUAGUGUUAUUUUUGUGGUAACUUUUUCAUUUUUGGUUCUUUGUUAUUGAAUCAACUUAUGAAGAAAAAAAAAAUGACUGAUUGUACGUGUCGAAGAAAUCAACACGACUUAAUUAAUUGAAAAAGAUAUAUUUCUAAAUUUUUUUUGCUGUUAAUCUUGUGUAUAUAGGAUAUAUUAUUUUACAGAGAGUCCCUGCGGUCAUUUUUGUUAGCCCAGGACUAACCUGAGGGAGAGAAUUAUAAUAAAACAAAUAAAAAUAC